AUGACAGAAGAAGAUAGAAAGCUCACUGUAGAGACAGAAACAGUUGAGGCACCCGUGGCAAAUAAUCUUUUAUUGUCGAAUAACAGUAAUGUAGUAGCACCUAAUCCUUCUAUUCCCUCUGCCUCCACAUCUACCUCUCCGCUACACAGGGAAAUAGUUGAUGAUUCUGUCGCUACUGCUAACACCACCAGCAACGUUGUACAGCAUAAUUUGCCCACCAUAGAUAACAAUUUAAUGGAUUCCGAUGCCACGUCACAUAAUCAAGAUCAUUGGCAUUCAGACAUAAACAGGGCAGGAACAUCAAUGUCAACGAGUGAUAUCCCAACAGAUUUACAUUUAGAACAUAUCGGCUCUGUUUCAUCAACUAAUAAUAAUAGUAACAAUGCCCUAAUCAACCACAACCCUCUGUCAUCUCAUCUUUCCAAUCCGUCAUCUUCAUUACGAAACAAGAAGAGCUCUUUGUUGGUAGCUUCUAACCCUGCGUUUGCUUCAGAUGUUGAACUCUCGAAGAAGAAACCUGCCGUCAUCUCCAAUAAUAUGCCUACAAGUAACAUUGCCCUUUAUCAAACAGCGAGAUCGGCGAAUAUUCAUGGUCCAUCAUCAACUUCCGCAUCUAAAGCGUUCAGAAAGGCUUCGGCCUUCUCCAAUAACACGGCACCCAGCACUAGUAAUAACAUCGGCUCGAAUACACCUCCAGCUCCUCUUUUACCUCUACCUUCACUAUCACAACAAAAUAAGCCAAAAAUAAUAGAGAGGCCCACAAUGCACGUCACUAAUUCAAGAGAAAUACUUUUAGGUGAAAACCUGUUAGAUGAUACAAAGGCGAAGAAUGCUCCCGCGAAUUCAACCACACACGAUAAUGGUCCAGUAGCAAAUGAUGGGCUGCGUAUACCGAAUCACUCGAACGCAGAUGAUAAUGAAAAUAACAACAAAAUGAAGAAGAAUAAAAACAUUAAUAGUGGGAAAAAUGAACGUAAUGAUGACACCAGCAAAAUAUGCACUACAUCUACUAAAACAGCGCCUUCAACCGCACCUUUGGGCAGUACAGACAAUACUCAGGCUCUCACUGCUAGUGUCUCCAGCAGUAAUGCUGACAAUCACAAUAAUAACAAGAAGAAAACCAGCAGCAACAACAACGGCAAUAACAGUAAUAGUGCAUCCAAUAAAACCAAUGCCGAUAUCAAGAAUUCUAACGCCGACUUGAGCGCUUCUACCUCUAACAAUAAUGCAAUAAAUGACGACUCACAUGAGAGUAAUUCAGAAAAACCAACAAAGGCGGAUUUUUUCGCUGCAAGGCUGGCUACAGCUGUAGGUGAAAAUGAAAUUAGUGAUUCUGAGGAAACAUUUGUUUAUGAAUCGGCAGCUAAUUCGACUAAAAACCUAAUAUUUCCUGACUCCUCCAGCCAGCAGCAGCAGCAGCAACAGCAACCUCCAAAACAACAGCAACAGCAACAAAAUCAUGGAAUAACCUCAAAGAUAAGCGCCCCAUUGCUAAACAAUAACAAAAAAUUAUUAAGCCGACUGAAAAAUUCAAGACAUAUUAGCACUGGUGCCAUAUUGAAUAACACAAUCGCGACUAUAAGCACAAAUCCGAACUUGAAUUCUAAUGUGAUGCAGAACAAUAACAAUCUGAUGUCGGGACACAAUCACCUGGACGAGUUGAGCAGUAUAAAACAGGAGCCACCGCAUCAAUUGCAGCAGCAGCAACCACCAAUGGAUGUACAAUCGGUAGAUUCGUAUACCUCUGACAACCCAGACAGCAAUGUUAUUGCCAAGUCGCCUGAUAAGAGGUCAAGCUUAGUAUCCCUAUCUAAAGUUUCUCCACAUUUACUUUCAUCCACAUCAAGCAACGGUAACACAAUAUCGUGUCCCAAUGUUGCCACAAAUUCGCAGGAAUUGGAACCAAACAAUGAUAUUUCAACGAAGAAAUCUCUUUCCAAUUCUACUUUGAGACAUUCCUCUGCUAAUAGAAAUUCUAAUUAUGGUGACAACAAAAGGCCUCUUAGAACAACAGUGUCAAAGAUAUUUGAUUCAAACCCUAAUGGAGCUCCUUUACGGAGAUACUCUGGGGUACCGGAUCACGUUAAUCUAGAAGAUUACAUCGAACAGCCGCAUAAUUAUCCAACAAUGCAAAAUAGUGUGAAAAAGGAUGAAUUUUAUAACAGCAGGAACAAUAAGUUUCCCCAUGGUUUAAACUUUUAUGGUGAUAACAAUGUUAUUGAAGAGGAAAAUAAUGGUGACUCGUCUAAUGUAAAUCGACCGCAACACACUAACCUUCAGCAUGAGUUUAUUCCAGAAGAUAACGAAAGUGAUGAAAACGAUAUUCACUCCAUGUUUUAUUAUAAUCAUAAGAACGAUUUAGAAACAAAACCGCUAAUAUCCGAUUAUGGUGAAGAUGAAGACGUAGAUGAUUAUGAUCGCCCAAAUGCUACUUUCAACAGUUACUAUGGCUCAGCAUCCAACACGCACGAACUUCCAUUACAUGGAAGGAUGCCUUCAAGAUCAAAUAAUGAUUACUACGAUUUUAUGGUUGGCAACAAUACUGGCAAUAACAACCAAUUGAAUGAAUAUACCCCCUUAAGAAUGAAACGUGGUCAAAGACACCUAUCAAGAACAAACAAUAGCAUAAUGAAUGGUAGCAUCCAUAUGAAUGGUAACGAUGACGUUACCCAUUCCAAUAUCAAUAAUAACGAUAUUGUUGGUUACUCACCGCACAACUUUUACUCAAGGAAGUCCCCAUUUGUGAAAGUAAAGAAUUUUCUUUAUCUUGCAUUUGUUAUAUCAUCACUAUUGAUGACAGGAUUCAUUCUGGGAUUUUUAUUGGCCACUAAUAAAGAACUACAAGAUGUAGACGUGGUAGUGAUGGAUAAUGUGAUUUCAAGUUCGGACGAGUUGAUCUUCGACAUCACAGUAAGUGCUUUUAAUCCAGGAUUCUUCAGUAUAAGCGUUUCCCAAGUCGAUUUGGACAUUUUUGCAAAAAGUUCUUACCUGAAGUGCGAUUCUAAUGGUGACUGUACAGUAAUGGAACAGGAACGGAAAAUUUUACAAAUAACGACAAAUCUUUCGUUAGUUGAAGAGAGUGCUAAUAAUGAUAUUAGUGGUGGGAACAUAGAGACGGUAUUACUAGGAACCGCUAAAAAACUAGAGACACCAUUAAAGUUCCAGGGCGGCGCAUUUAAUAGGAACUACGAUGUGUCAGUCUCGAGUGUCAAGCUUUUAAGUCCUGGGUCUCGUGAAGCCAAGCACGAAAACGACGAUGAUGACGAUGAUGAUGGCGACGAUGGUGACGAUGAAAACAAUACUAAUGAAAGACAAUACAAAAGCAAACCAAAUGCUAGAGAUGACAAAGAAGAUGAUACUAAAAAAUGGAAGCUACUAAUCAAGCAUGAUUACGAAUUGAUAGUCCGUGGAAGCAUGAAGUAUGAGGUGCCCUUUUUCAAUACGCAAAAAUCUACGGCUAUUCAAAAGGAUUCCAUGGUCCAUCCUGGUAAGAAGUGA